AUGUGCUACUACGGAGGAUAUUAUGGAGGCCUGGGCUAUGGCUAUGGUGGCCUGGGCUGUGGCUAUGCCUGUGGCUAUGGUGGCUAUGGAUAUGGCUGUUGCCGCCCACUGUGCUGUAGAAGAUACUGGUCCUGUGGCUUCUACUGA